AUGGCCGAACCACAGCCUGAAGGCGUUCACGAGGGUGCCGCAGAACCCCACGCACCAACGGGUACAGCCGACGAUCGCAAAGCUGCCGCUGCACUGUCCACACUCGAUGCACAGGAUGAUACAGGAGUGAAAAAGGAGGUUGAUGGCAAUGCCCUUGACCAGGCGAUGAAGGGACUCAGUGUCAAAGGCGGCAAGGGUGAGGAAAAGAAGAAGAAUGUCAAGAUAGAAGCUUCAGAUGUCACACUUUUGGUCUCUGAACUUGAGUUGUCGAAGCAGAAAGCGACAGAGCUGUUGCGCGCCAAUGACGGCGAUGCGGUGAAAGCUAUGACAGCUUAUGUUACGGUUCCUCCUUGA